AGAUAUGAAUGAGGACCAGCUCAUGGGAGACUUUGAAAUGGACUCGAAGCAGCUGGAAGCCGAGUCCUGGAGUCUGGUGGUAGACUGCAAGUUCAUGCGGCAGCAGAAGGAGGAUGUUGUGAAGCGGCAAGACGUCAUUUACGAACUGAUGCAAACGGAGAUGCAUCACGUCCGCACCUUGAAGAUCAUGAGUGACGUGUACAGCCGCGGGAUGGUACAGGAGCUCCAGUUUGAGCAGCAGAUGGUGGAAAAGGUCUUUCCCUGUCUCGAAGACCUGCUCGUCAUCCACAGCCAGUUCUUCCAGCGGAUUCUGGAGAGGAAGAAAGAGUCACUCGCUGACAGAAGCGACAAGAACUUUGUCAUCAAGAGAAUCGGAGACAUCUUGGUGCAUCAGUUUUCAGGUGAGAGUGCCGAGCGAAUGAAGAAGACGUACGGCAAGUUCUGCGGGCACCAGAACGAGGCAGUGAAUUACUUUAAGGACCUGUAUUCGAAAGAAAAACGGUUUCAGGCGUUCAUGAAGAAAAAAAUGAGCAGCUCUGUAGUGAGACGGUUGGGCAUUCCGGAGUGCAUCUUGCUUGUGACGCAGAGAAUCACCAAAUACCCGGUUCUGCUGCAAAGAAUACUGCGGUAUACCAAAGAAAACGACAAGGAACAGGAAGAUCUGGUGCAGUCGCUGAACCUGGUGAAGGAAGUCAUCGUUGCCGUGAACAGCAAAGUUUGCAAGUAUGAGAAGAAGAUGCGCCUGGAUGAAAUCUACACCCGGACGGACAGCAAGUCCAUCAUGAGGAUGAAGAGCGGGCAGAUGUUCGCCCGGGAGGAUUUGAGGCGGAGGAAAUUCGUCCGGGAUGGGCCGGUCUCCCUGAAGAAUGCAGCUGGGAGACUGAAAGAGGUCCAGGCUGUUCUCCUCUCGGACGUUCUGAUAUUCCUUCAGGAGAAAGACCAGAAAUACGUAUUUGCAUCUCUGGACCAGAAGUCCACGGUGGUCUCUCUGAAGAAGCUGAUUGUCCGAGAAGUGGCCCAUGAGGAGAAGGGUUUGUUCCUCAUCAGCAUGGGAGGGAAAGACCCAGAGAUGGUGGAAGUUCACGCCAGCUCCAAGGAGGAACGCAACAGCUGGAUCCAGACCAUCCAGGACACUGUCAACACGAUGGACAAGGAUGAGGACGAAGGCAUCCCCAGUGAGUCAGAAGAGGAAAAGCGAGUGCAGGAUAUCAAAGCCAGGGAACUGAGAGAACAACUCGUGCAGAAAGAUCAGCAGAUCAUAACACUGCUGGAGGAGAAAGAAAAGAUCUUCCGCUGUAUGACCGACUGCAGCGGGCAGGAGGAGGCCUCCGGGGCCAGAACGUUGUUCCGGGCCAGCACGGAAGAGGCACCCAAGGGGGAGAGCCUCAUGAAGAACGUCAUCAACGAAGUGGAGUUAUUGCAAAGGCUGGUGAGCAGGAGUUUGGGGAAUGCCCUCGGGCAGCAGAUGUGCCACCUCACCUCGGAAGAAGAGGGCGUUGGGCCUGUCUCUCUCCCCAGGAGGGCAGAGACGUUUGGAGGAUUUGACAGCCACCAAAUGAAUGUGUGCAAAGGUGGGGACAGGGAGGAAGGAGAUGAUGCCCAAGAUCUUCGGAGGACGGAGUCAGACAGUGUUUUGAAGAAGGGAGGCACAGCUAAUUUGAUGCUUGUACUAAAAAGGAACAAUGAGCAGGUCCUCCAGAGUAUCACCCACCUGCAUAGUUUACUUGGCACAUUGCAGGCGGUCGUCGUGCAGCAGGACACCUACAUCGAGGACCAGAAGCUGCUCCUAACCGAGCGGGCCCUGAGCCGCGCCUCCUUCCGGCCCAACUCCCUCGUUGAGCAGGAGAAGCAGCGGAGCCUGGAGAAGCAGCGCCAGGAGCUGGCCAACCUGCAGAAGCAGCAGGCCCAGCACCAGGAGGAGAAGCGGAGGCAGGAGAGGAGGUGGGAGGCCCGGGAGAAGGAGCUGGCGGACAGGGAGGCCCGGCUGGCCCAGCAGGAGGAGCAGCUCCAGAGAGCCCACCAGAGCCUGGAGAAGGAGCGCGAGGAGCUGCAGCGGAGGAAGGCCUCCUACCAGCUGGACCUGGAGCACCUCCGGGCGGCACAGAAGCAGCUGGAGAAGGAGAAGGAGCAGCUCAGGAGAGAGACGGAACGGGUGACCCAGGCGGAGCCCGGCCUCGGUCUGCUUUCCAGCCAGCAUGCCAAGGUGGUGAGGACUCCUUCCCUGCCUCCGUCCGAGGACCCGCCCUCCAAGCAGAAGAGCGCUUCCCUCCCCAGGCAGAGCCACCUGGACACGGAGAUCUCCAUCGCACCCAAGAGGAGCAGCAUCUCAAGGACGCAGAAAGAGAAGAGCACUUUCCACUUGCUGGGCACGACAGCCUCCCACCAAACCAGCAAGCCCGCCGAGGGGCACGGCCAGAUGCCCAACCGUCUCUUUGGCUUGGCCAAGGGCAAGGACAAGAAGGAGAAGAAGAAGAAGGGCAAAGGACACCGCUCCCAGCAGUCCGCUGAUGCUCACUCACCAGACGGAGCACCAGAAGGUGAGGAGAUCUUCUGUUGACCGACACCUCCCCCCCCAAUCCCUCCUGCUCGGAUGACUCCACCUCAUCACCUGUUGAAGGAAGGGGAGGGGCCAAGGCUCUGGCUGCUGUCUCUUGAACGGCGCUGGGCUUUGGGACAUCAGAAACCCGCCCCUGCCUACUGCUUCCAACCUGCUUCCAGCUGUGGUAUCUGCCCAUUUCCUGAACACGGUGACUUUCCCAAAAAAAAGAAAGAAAAAGAAAAGUGCCAAAAUGGCAUCAGAAGGCCGGGGUCGCUGGGGGACCUUUGGAAUGUGGCUGGAUCAGCCGGGCUCCGUUCUGGCCGCACUUCUUCUGGCGACAGCAGCCGUUUCGCGAUGUCUGUGGCGUCGCGUGCUGAGUUGCACUCCUGCCUCUCUUGUCACCUCCAAAGAUUGGGAAGGUGUUUUCCUGUCUGCCCUUCUCUUGGGGAACACCACCGAAAACAGCCCAGCCCAGCCCAGCCCAUACAGCCAACU